AUGGACAACGUGCCCAGCCCAUCACAGCCAAUCCGGGCUGGUCAGUGCCUCAAUGCUGAGGAUGUUGGCCUGGUCAAGGAUGCUGGUAUUGGUGCAUCUAUCUUCCUAAUGAAUUUGCAAGAUCUUGAAAAGGCAACAUUGCUGGAUGAAGAAACAAGGAAAUUGACCAUUUGUAGCAAGUUAUCCUUUGGAACUGGAGGUGUUCCAUAUGAGAUGGUUAGAAGUAUUUUAGGAUUCUUCCUGCAAAUCUUUCUACUUGAUGUUGCACAGAUAGCUCCAUUUUAUACUUCUUUCAUAUUGUUCUUUGGAAAAGCUUGGGAUGCUAUCACUGACCCAGCUAUUGGAUAUUUAAUCAGCAAAAGUAAAUGGACAAAGAUUGGGAGAUUAAUGCCAUGGAUAAUUGGAUCUGCUCCUUUUGCAGUUCUGUCCUACGUGCUUCUUUGGUAUGUACCACCACGUGGAAGAUGGAGCUUCUUGUGGUACAUAUUCUUCUAUGGUCUGUUCUGUACUCUGCUCACAUGUUUCCACGUGCCAUACUCAACUCUUACUAUGUUUCUGAGCAGUGACCAGAAGGAGAGAGAUAGUGCAACUGCCUUCCGUAUGACAAUGGAAGCCUUUGGAACAGUGGUUGGAGUUGCUAUUGAGGGGCAGAUUGUAGCAGAGAAUCAUGUCUCCUAUCAUUGCAUUCAACAUAACAUGUCAUCAUAUUUCGUGGUUAACUCCACGGGUAUAAGCAAAUUGUUCAAUGGCAACACCAGUAAUCAGCAGACACCAGAGUCACUCUCUCACAUGAGGAACUCAUACGUGAUCGCGAGUGGUGCCAUCGGUGGUAUUUAUAUCCUUUGUAUGAUUAUUCUGUUUUUUGGUGUGAGAGAGAGAGAUGACCCCUAUACUGAGAAGUCAGGAAAACCAAUUCCUUUUCUGAAAGGAAUCAAACUUGUGUUGAGAUACAGCCCUUACUUGAAGCUGACAACAUCUUUCCUCUUCACAGGCAUGGCUAUUCAGAUUGUAGAGGGGAACUUUGCUCUGUUUUGCACUUAUGCUGCUGAUCUUCGACACCAUUAUCAAAACAUUGUACUUGUGAUUCUGAUAACUGCUGUGAUGAUUGUUCCUUUUUGGCAAUGUUUUCUGCAGAGAUUUGGGAAGAAAACUGCUGUUUACUUUGGUAGUAGUUGGUUAAUUCCAUUUUUAUGCUUGAUGGCUUCUUUUCCAAACAAUCUCAUUGUGGCCUAUGUGGCAGCAGUUUCCUCUGGUCUGAGUAUUGCUUCAUUUUUUCUGUUACCAUGGUCUAUGCUGCCUGAUGUUAUUGAUGCUUUUAGACUUGAAAACCCACACGUAAAGGGACUGGAAACUAUAUUCUGCUCAUUCUAUGUCUUCUUCGCCAAGUUGUCUAAUGGAGUUUCUUUGGGAUUCUCUGCACUUAGCCUUCAUUUUGCAGGCUAUGCAGCUGGAGAAUGUUUCCAGCCCCAGUCUGUGACUUUCACCCUAAAAAUACUACUGUCAGCAGUGCCCACGGGACUGAUUAUCAUUGGGUUAAUGAUAUUCCGGUUUUACCCAAUAACAGAAGACAUCCGAGUAAGAAAUGAGUUGGCACUCCAAGAGCUAAGGUAG